AAGGGACAGAGUUCUUAGGCACUCUGUGGGCAGGCCAGAGGGGAUUUGCUCAGCUGCUGACCUUGCUAGGGUCACUAAAACCCCGGAGCAAUGGGCAGCUUGUCCUCAGUGACUUUUCCCUGCAAAUUCUCUGCUCCUCGGAGUGUGUCCCCUUGCGUCACUAUCAGUCUCUGAUGCUUGCUGGCAGGGGACAUCCAGCCCUGGGAGAAGCUGUCUCAAUCCCACAGAGUGUGUGAGUGAGGGAAGGCUCUCUCUGGGGCUUCCUCAAAAGAGGGACUUUUCCCAUGCUGCGGGCUAGCUGCAGGAGCAUGGUGCUCGCUGGCGGGAUGCCCCUGGAGCAGGGAGGGCCAGCUUUCCCUCCAUCCCCUGGUGUCAGAGGGCAUGUUCCUUCUCCUCGGAUUGUUUCCCCUCCAAGUUUGCUUGUUUUUCUGGUGUGUGUGUGUGUGUGUGUGUGUGUGUGUGUGUGUGAGUGUGAGUUGCUCCCCCUGCAGCUUGCAGCACGACUAUUAGAUACAGAAUCCCACACACUCAGCCCAGCGCUGCCCUCCCACUGCACCGUACUGCUGCUGGGAGCCAGCCCUUCGGACUCACUGCCUGGGACUCGGUCAGCGUGGACAGCUGCCACCCGGGUGCUGCUAACCGUCCUAGCGUGGGAAGUGCCCUGCUCUCUGGGGAUGUUGGACGGAGUUCCUUGCCAGGCUCCUCUCGGAAGCCUGCACCUAUGCUUGUUGUGCCGACCACUGGGCGGCCAGGGCGGAGAAGAGUCUGAAGUGGAUUUCUGCUCCGUGCGGAAUGGGCAUGGCUGCUGGGGAAUGGCGCCAGAGCCCUGCUGUGCUGACCCCUGUGCUCCACCCUCCCGCCCCGUGGUUCCGGGCAGCUGAGAGGCAUGAGACAGCAAUGGCGUUCCAGGCAGCCGGAUCUGGGACACUGCAGCCCCGGAGCGUGCGACCCCUGGAACCUCUCCUGCAUGGCUGGGGACCGGAGCCUGCUGCGCAGAAAGCACUGCUCCUCGGCAACGUCUCUCUUCCCGCGCCCCUGCAGGGGACAUUCAGGGCAGCUGGGAAUCCCCAUCUCUGGGAGAGACACGGUGUACAUCCAGCAGGAGCAGGGGGCAGCGGCUGCUUUCCCCACAGUCUCUCCUCUCCAGUCCCCCAUGCCACGGCAGGGGGUUGCCUGAACCCUGAGGGGCCCCGGGGCCCCAGCUUGGAAGACUUCGUCCCAUCCCACUUCCAGAAGAGGGAAUUCCUUCCUGCUGCCAGGAGCCCGGCAGCCCCCACGGCCACAUCCCCUCAGCCAUCCAUGUGGGUCCCGCUGCGACACAGAGGACCCAGGGUGCCCGUGAUCCAUAACUGCGGCUCCAACACCCUGAACUUUGAGUUCCGUGACACGUCUCCCUGCAACGGCACUGCCGAGCCUAGGAGAGCUGCCCCCAGGAGCUCAGUGAGCGACUGGUACCAGACCUGGCCUGCCAAAGAAACGAAGACGCUGAGUUCUCAGGCAGUGCCUGUUCCCCUCCCGGCUGGGUCGGCAACGAGCCCCCUGGAGAACGGCCCUCCGCCUGUGCCCCGCGCAGCCCCCUGGUCUGCCACCUGGACCAAGGAUAGCAAGAGGAAGGACAAACGAUGGGUGAAGUACGACGGGAUCGGCCCGGUGGAUGAGACAGGGAUGCCGAUCGCAUCACGAUCCAGUGUGGACCGGCCCCGGGACUGGUACCGGAGCAUGUUCCAGCAGAUCCAUCGCAAGCUCCCGGAACCGCAGCUGGACUGGGAUUUCCACCACUGCGUGGAGCCACGCCCUCCGGCGCUUGCACAAAAGGGCCCCGCUCCAAGUGGCUCCCCUUACCUGCAGAAUGGCCUGGGCUGGAGGGGCCAGGAGGCAGCCAACGAUGCCGCGAUGGAGCCCAGGAGCAUUUUCAACUACGAACCCGGGAAAUCAUCAGUCUUUGACCAUCCCAAUCCAGCUGCAGAGCCCCUGGCGGGAAGUGCUGACAGCUGGUACCAAUUUCUGAAGGAGCUGGAGACAGGGAGCCUGCCUAAGAAGCCCCUGGCAACGUUUCCUGUGGAGCCUCCCCCGCCAUCCCAGCCAAUCGAGGUGUUGCUGGAGAGAGAGCUAAAGCAGCUAAGCGAGGAGCUAGACAAGGACAUGAAAGCCCUGGAGACACAUCGGCACCCUUGCAAGACUUCCUCGGCUGCUCCCUGCGCUUGCUCCCCUUGCCUGGACUCUGCCGCCCGCAGCCCGCCGUCUGCCUGCCGUUCCCAUCCUGCCUCGGGGCAGAGCCCCCCCACUGCCCACCACCGCCCACCUGCCAGCCCCAGCAUGGAGAGAGGGGGCCUGGGCCUGGCCACGAGCAAUUGGAGCAGGUCUCCCCUCAGGAAAGAUCCCCCAGGCCACCCUGGGAAAAGCCCCUGGGCUGAUGGGAGUGAGUCCAUAGAGGCGGUGGAUGGACCAGUGAAGAGAGAGGACAAGAAGAUGAAAGCUGCUCGCGUCAAGUUUGACUUCCAGGCUGAGUCCCCAAAGGAGCUGACCAUGCAGAAGGGGGACAUCGUCUAUAUCCACAAGGAGGUGGACAGGAACUGGCUGGAAGGAGAGCACUAUGGGAGGGUGGGCAUAUUCCCCUCCAACUACGUGGAGAUCCUGCCUCCCACCGAAGUGCCCAAGCCCAUCAAGCAACCCACCAUCCAGGUGCUGGAGUAUGGAGAGGCCCUGGCCCAGUACAACUUCAAAGGGGACCUGGUGGUGGAGCUGUCCUUCCGCAAGGGCGAGCGCAUCUGCCUGGUCCGCAAGGUGGAUGAGAACUGGUAUGAGGGACGGAUCUCCGGCACCAGCCGCCAGGGCAUCUUCCCGGCCAACUACGUGCAGGUGGUGAAGGAGCCACGGGUCAAGGCCUCAGAGGAGUUCCCCUCCUCCCCAAACUUGACUGCCCCUGCCUCCCCAAGGCUGCUGGCUCACGCAGGCUCACCGGCCCAGCUGCACUCGCCUGGUAGCCAGCGUUCCGAUCCCUCAUCCUCCUUCCUGGCAGCCUCUCCCACUGCCCAACGGCGCGGCAUGGAGGGGGGCACCCUGUCGUCCUCGCCGCGCCAUUUUGGCUUCACCUUCCCUGCCUCCCCCAAACUGCAGCAUGCCGGAGUCUCGUCCAGCCUCCUCCAGGGGCCCCAGAGCCCCCAUUUGGCCCCCAGCACCGCCUUGCUCUCCCCCCUGAGUCUGAGCCCGCAGCCUCCGGCCCCUUCCCGGCCACAGGAGAGUCCACCCACUGCAGCGCCCUCCUCGCUCCUUGGGCAGAGCUCCGCCCGUGAAGCCUCGGUACCUGCAGGCUGCCACCUGGGCAGUGCUGGGCACCUCCCCAAGGCCCCCCCGUCUGACAACGGCUCCAGCAUACAGUGGACCCCGUUCCGGGCCAUUUAUCAGUACAGACCCCAGAACGAGGACGAGCUGGAGCUGCACGAAGGGGACCGGGUGGACGUCAUGCAGCAGUGUGACGACGGCUGGUUUGUGGGUGUGUCCAGGAGAACCCAGAAAUUCGGCACCUUCCCAGGCAAUUACGUUGCUCCUGUGUAACAUCCCCCUGCCCCGCACCCCAGCACGAGCCAAGAGGAAGCUGCAGCUGCGACUCAGGCUCCUGCAACCGACCCAGAGCCGGCGCCGCACUCUGAGACAAGGCGAGGAACCAGGAGAUGGGGAUCGGGCCCAGCUCCCACGGACAUUCCCAGCAGGACCCUUUUGGUGGCUGCUGCUGGGGAGCUCGGCACUGGGACGGGCACCUGCCUCUCCUAGUAGGACCUCACUUCCCUGUCCCAGUCACUCAGCUCAGCUUCCAGCACUGCCUCUUGGGGCUCAGGACCAGUCCCUCUCCUUCCCCCGCCCGUGGGGCUCCCUCUAAUGGGGACCAGUCUCUGUCCUUGCCCUCCCCCUGUGGGGCUCCCUCUAACGGGGACCAAUCCCCCAGCCUUACCGCCCAUGGUGCUCCCUCUAACGGGGACCAAUCCCCCAGCCUUACCCCUCAUGGGGCUCCCUCUAGUGGGGACCAGUCCCUGUCCUUCCCCCUCCCCCCGUGGGGCUCCCUCUAACAUGGACCACAGUGUUACCCCCCUGUGGGGCUCCCUCUAAUGGGGACCAAUCCCCCAGCCUUACCCGCUGUGGGGCUCCCUCUAACAUGGACCAAUCCCCCAGCCUUACCACCCAUGGUGCUCCCUCUAAAGGGGACCAGUCCCUGUUCUUCCCUUCCCCCCCUCCGUGGGGCUCCCUCUAACAUGGACCAAUCCCCCAGUCUUACCUCUCGUGGGGCUUCCUCUAAUGGGGACCAGUCCCUGUCCUUCCACCCUCCACCCCGUGAGGCUCCCUCUAACAGGGACCAGUCCCUGUCCUUCCCCACACACCCCCGUGGGGAGGCUCCCUCUAACAGGGACCAGUCCCUGUCCUUCCCCACAUACCCCCGUGGGGCUACCUCUAACAUGGACCAGUCCCCCAGCCUUACCCCUUGUGGGGCUCCCUCUAACGGGGACCAGUCCCUGUCUUCCCCCUUCCCCCCCCCGUGGGGCUCCCUCUAAUGGGGACUAGUCCCUGACCUUCCCUCCCCACCGUGGGGCUCCCUCUAACGAGGGACCAAUCCCCCAGCCUUACCCCCCGUGGGGCUCCUUCUAAUAACCAGUCCCUGACCUUACCCCCACAUGGGGCUCCCUCUAACAUGGACCAAUCCCCUAGUCUUAUCCCUAGGGCUCCCUGCUCCCCCAUGGGGCUCCCUCUGAUGUGGACCAGUCCCCCAUCCCUGCCCCCAGGGCUCUCCUGUGCCCGCCUGAUAGGUAUCUCCCAGUCUGUGCCUCACUGCAGAAGGUGUCUGCAUCCUGCGGGAAGAGACUGUUAGUCCUUUUUCUCCAGCUGAACCCCAAAGCGGGACGCUCCUUUCUCCCUGGGGAGGCACAGAGCGCUAUAUCUGCUCCCCCACGACCUCUGGAGGGAAGCGGACGCUGAGCCUGCCCUCUGCAUCUCCAUGGACCCAGCGAGUUGUGUUGUGCUGAACCCUGUGCGUGCAUGCGGCUGACCUUAGCCUCGGCAAGGUCGCUGUCCUCUCCGGUGCUCCUGCCAUGUGGGGGGGAUGCGGGGAGGGCAGACUCCUGGAAGCUGCCUGUAAAGGGCCGGCUCACGCACCCGGAAACCUGAUCUGCUUGUCCUCUGUUAUUAAAGAUCAGCCUCGCCCCACGCGAAGGCCCCGCCUGGUGAGCGCAGGGACGGGCAGGAAUCCAUGCCGCAGGGCAAAGGGCAGUUUGUGCUGGAACCCUGAGGCAAGGGCAGACGCCCUUGUUGCCAAUGCCAGGAUGCACCGAGUGUGAUAGACCUUCUCUGAGCAGCAGGCAGUGCCCCAGCUAGGAUCCCUGUGCUCCCCUUGCCCUCACGCUGAGUGCAGUCACUUCGGUUCUGUAUCAGCUGGGCUGCUCGCUGGUCACCCCAUGCUGGGCACCCCCUAAAGCAUCUCUUCACACUCGGUGUGGCGAUGGCAGACUAUGACCCCUUCGGACCUGCUCAGGCCAAGCAUGAAUACGUAAAAGGGUGUUACAAAGAGGAGGGAGAAAAAUUGUUCUCCUUGUCCUCUGAGGAUAGGACAAGAAGCAAUGGGCUUAAACUGCAGCCAGGGUGGUUUAGGUUGGACAUUAGGAAAAACUUCUUAACUGUCAGGGGGGUUAAGCACUGGAAUAAAUUGCCCAGGGAGGUUGUGGAAUCUCCGUUAUUGGAGAUUUUUAAGAGCAGGUUAGACAAACACCCGUCAGGGACGGUGUGACUGGGGUCCUAGUGGGGAGCUAGCUAUGGUCACUCAGUUAGGGUGAACUGCAAAGAAUGGGGCAGACAGACCCCAUAAAGCUGGUGUACAUUCCCAUACUUAGAUUUACCAAGCUAGAUAAAACAGCUUCUUUAUUACCUCA